GCAUGUGUGAGGGGGUACAGGAGUCAUAAAUCUGCUGCUGGCCAUGAAAUGAGCUCCAGACAUUGUUAUGCACUAAGUAAAUUCAAAUCUAAAUGAUGAUAUUAGUUUUCUUAUUUGUUCACUGCCUUCACUUCCACCACUUACAGAACAAAAACUUAACUCAUAAGAGCACCGCCUUCCAUCCAUCAGUCCCUUGACAGUCUAAUAAACCUAACAUCCAAGUGAAAAAUAACACAUUCAAGCCAAGCUGGGAGGGCAGAACAUAAAUAUGUAUGCAGCACAGACACUCACACGUUCCACAGCCUGUAAUCAUCAAAAGAGGGAGUGCUCCCAUUCAGCAGUUCCCCAAAGACAGAGGGCAGAACAGUCCGUAUCUGCAACAGCACCCGCUGCGAAUAAAGAAGACAGAAGGUGAAGCUCCUCGGCAUCAAUCACAGAGAUAAGACGAUCGAGGAAAGGGACGCAUCACUCUUCUGAGAUACUGAUUUAGUGUCAAGCUGGCGGCAGACGAGACAAAAGGCUUCUCAGAAGGCGCAGCCAUCGGGGAGCAGGAGCACAGAAAACUGGACAGAGCGUCGGGGAGCGGGUCCCCACGGCAACGGGGGAAGAUGGUGCGUGUGGAAGUAGACUGGGACAUCCCCAUGUCGGUGACGAUGCCCAUCCAGGUGCAGCCUGGAGCCACAGACCAACGCUUCCCCUUCCUGGACACCACACUGGCCGACCUGGGCAUCGAGGAGUCAAACGUGAAGGAGAGGGUGGUGUGGGUGGACACCAAGAAGACUCAAGUUAAGAACAAGGCAGGGAAGCUGAAGGAGAAAGAGACCACCAUUCUGGAGGUGAGGGUAAAAGCCAAGAGGCCUGGCGAUAAACAGCUGCAGGAGGUCCUGUACAGCACCGAGGCCCACACCGACCGCUCCCUCUGCCGUACUGGAAUGAACAUCCUGCCGUGGAGAUGUACAGGGGAGAAGGGCCUGACUCCGGUGCAGAUCUCAAUGGCACUGGACAUGAAAAAGCAGCCGGCUGACCGUACAGAGACUCAGAAACAAAGAGACAUCUGAGGGGCAAUAAAGAACCUGCCACGAAUUACUGCUCUCCAUA